UCUCUGGAAAGCCCCCCUCUCCCUCUCCCUCGCUCCCUCGAGUCUCAAUCUUUCAAACACAGAAAACUCUCUAAAAUCCAAAAAACCAAAGCUUCUGAACCCUCUCUUUCUCUCUCUAGAAUUCCGAUAAACAAGAUUUAUGUGCCUUUUCUGGCUUGGAGAAAACAGAAUUCAAGAUGGCUGAUGAUACAUCAGUUGGUUCCAAAAGAAGAAUCACAGAGAUUGAAGAAGAAUCUCUCCUUCAACAACAACAAAAAGACCACUCUUGUUCUUUUUUCUCUACAUUCUCUCCUCAAGGAGACUCAAUUCUUUCACCUACAAAAGCAGUCCAAGAAGAAGCCAAUCAUCAAGACAAUCCAAGCCCAACGUCUUUCAAGAAGGUAAAGAGCUCUUGUUUAACUGAAUCUGAUACUAGUUUCCGAGAGAAACAAGGAGUGGGUUUUGAAGAAAAUGGAGUAAAGUUUGAUUUUUUGAAUGAAAAGAAUGUUGCUUUUUGUGGACUGGUUCCUGGGUCUUCUGAAAGUGGAGAGUUGGAUGAAAAGAUUGAGAGUUCUGGUGCGAAAGUGAAAGAAACUGAGAAUUCUGUGGAUGGUGGAUUAAAGAAAGGAGAGGUUGAAUGGAGUGUUGAUGAUGCGAAAGAAGUGAAAGAGAAGGGGAAAGAUUUUGUGGGAAGUGAAUGUUUUGAGGCUGAGAUGGGCUUGGGUACUGAUGAUAAUAAAGAGUCUGUGAAGGUGAAAGAAAGUGGAGGAGAAAGUUUAUUGGAAGCAAAGAAGCAGUUACUGGAAGAACUUGAAGUUGGUUCAAUCUUUAAGAACAAAACCAGUGUGGAUAACAAUGUUGAUGAUUUUGAUACUAAUGUGGGAGUCUCGGGAAGUCUCAAAGGAUUUGGUGAAUCUGUUAGACGUUCUUUGAAGUUUGAAUUGAUUGAUGAUACAGUGUUGAUUGAACCAGUUUCAGAGACCGAAACUGCUAAUGGUGGUGCUAAUGUUGCUGAGAGGAAUGGAAAGAAGAAUGGGAAACAGGGAACUGAUGGAAAGAAGGAGAAAAGGCCACGGAGAAGGGGAAAGGUUGCAACAAGGGGUUUGGAGACGAGUGAAGGGCAAAAGAAAGUGACCCAAGUUGGUGAAGCUCAAAAUAGAACAAUCCAUGUUGGUGAAAUUCGAGAUAGAUGUGCAACAGAUGGGGAUCAGAUGAAGAGGAAGUACUCGAGGGUGGAAAUGGAGGCCCUGAGGUUUGCAAAUAUUGUAGAACAGAGAAAAUUAUGGAGAGAUGUAUACACUGGACUUGGAUAUGAUGUCGUGGAGGGGUAUAAAGACUUGGCAAGUUCAAAGCAUCAGAAGAACGUUUGCUUGAACUUCAAUCCCCUGGAGCCUUUCGGAAGGAAGGAACCUGACAUUCUUGGGGAAGAAUCAUCUGAAAAUGUGGAUGAUGGAUUAGAAAACAUGGAAGGAGAUGGGGUGCAAAAUGUGGAUCUAUUGAAUCCUGCUUGCAGUAGCAGUAUUGAGGGUGAAGGUGCUGCUACACUUUUGGUGGAAGAGUAUGAUGAAGAAGAUGACAGUGACGAUGAUUAUGCUAGCAUACAGAGACCUGCUUUCGCUGUAGAAGGAGAACCAGAUUUUGAUUCUGGACCUCCAGAGGACGGAUUAGAAUACCUCAGGCGUGUCAGGUGGGAGGCUGCUCACAUUCCGAAAGUUAAAGUAGCCAAGCUUGAUAGGAGUAGAGUUAACAAAGAACAAACUGUUUAUAUGCCCCAGAUUCCUGACAUUGCCAAGUGCCCAGAAUAUUUACUCCCGUCAAGGCAGUGGGAGGAUGUGUUUCUUGCUGAUUUUUCAGAGCUGCGAUUGUUAUUCUCUCAAAAUGACGGUCCCAGCACUAAAAUUUCCCAUAAGAUGCAACCAGCAGCUAUUGUUCAUGGGAGUUGUUCCCCUCAGCUUUCUGAAAGCGUUAUUGUCGAAAAAUUCAAUAACCUUAGAACUGAUGAAGUCCAAUCCUAUAAACAGCCCGACACUUCCAGCUCUGAGAGCAUCAUUGAUCAGCUAUGCAUGGAGAAUCGUGAAGAUCGUAGAAGCUUAACACCUUCCCAGCAUCAAACUCCUGAAGCUUCGUCGAGUGAUGCUUUAUGCAACUACCCUACCUUACCGGUCAUUUUAGCUAUGGAUAGUGUUGCUCGAGUUUCCAUGCUGAGGCGGUGCAUAAAAUUGGCAGAAACUACAGACGCAUUGUCCAAGAAUGAUUGUGUGUGGCUGUUUGCCUUAUGUGCAGCAGUUGAUGCUCCAUUAGAUGCUGGCACGUGUGCUGCUCUUCGUGGUCUCCUCCGGAAAUGCGCUAGCUUGCGAGCUGGCAAAUCUGAACUUGAUGAUGAGGUUAUCAUGCUGAAUAUUCUUGCCACAAUUUCAGGCAGGUAUUUCGGUCAGUCUGAAAGCUGAAGCUUCUCAGUUCAACUAAACCAUGUCAAUUUGGAAAUGAUUUCCAUGUAUUGGGAAGAGUGUGAGUGUGUGUAUUGCAAACUUGCUCUUUAUAUUUUUUUUAUUAUCUAAUUCUCUAUCCGAGUUAUGCUCAAAUUUUGUAAAAUAUUAGCCCUGAAACUUUUAAAAGGACUGCCACAAGUUCUAAAAACAAUUUUUCUAUAAAUUAAUUUUGUUUGCAUA